GUUUUCUCAGCGGAACCAUCGAGCGGCGGAUGCGCGGAUCCAGGGGACGGAGAGAGUGUGACACAGUCUCCUAACAGCAACAGUAAUGUGAAAAUAAAAAAGGUUCUUUGACCAUGGUGUGACGGGAUUAAUCAAAAUGGCAAACCGCCGUGUUCCACUCGUCUUGCUAGCCUGCGGCUCCUUUAAUCCCAUCACCAACCAGCACAUGAGGCUGUUUGAGCUGGCAAGGGACCACAUGCACAGCACAGGCCAGUACCAGGUGGUGGGUGGCAUCGUGUCUCCAGUGAGCGACAGCUAUGGAAAGCAAGGCCUGGUACAGGCUGAGCACCGCAUUGCUAUGGCAAAGCUGGCACUGCGCAGCUCCAACUGGGUCACGGUUGAUGAAUGGGAGAGCCAGCAGCCAGACUGGACGGAGACGGUGGUCACCAUGAGGUAUCAUAAUGGACGCAUUCUAAGGGAGUAUGAGCAAAGAGCAGGAUUGCAAACUGACUCCAGCAGUAACACCAACCCCCACUCAGGCCCCUCUCCCCAGCUGAAGCUCCUGUGCGGGGCUGACUUCCUCGACACAUUCAAGAUCCCAGGCUUGUGGCAGGACAAGCACGUUGAGGAGGUGGUCGGGCGUUUCGGCCUCGUCUCCGUCAGCCGAGGCGGGCUGCAGCCCGAGCGGACGGUUCACCAGUCGGACAUGCUCUCCCGCCACCAUCAGAACAUCUUCCUGGUGAGGGAGUGGGUGAGGAACGAGACGAGCGCCACAGAGGUGCGGCGGGCUCUGAGACGAGGUCUGAGCGUAAAGUACCUGGUCCCAGACUCGGUGAUAGAAUAUAUUCACCAGCACAAUCUUUACACAGAGGACAGCGAGAGGAGGAAUGAGGGCCUGGUGUUGAGGCCACUCAUCAAGAAGGCACACGAGCCAGUGAACAGUCUGGAUGACCCUACCUCCUCACUGCCCGAGAGUUGCGAAGCCUGCAGAGACACAGCAAACAUGCCUGUUGAUCUGAACGGAUAUUGGAAAAUGAUUUCCAGUGAUAACUUCGAGGAGUACCUGAAGGCUCUCGAUGUGAAUGUCGCCAUCAGGAAAAUUGCAACCCUGCUGAAGCCUGACAAGGACAUUGUCCACGAGGGGGACCACAUAAUCAUCAAGACCCUCAGCACCUUCAAGAACUACAACAUGGACUUCCACGUGGGCAAAGAGUUCGAGGAGGAUCUGUCUGGAGUGGACGACAGGAAAUGCAUGACCACCAUCGCUUGGGAGGGAGACAAGCUGGUGUGUGUGCAGAAGGGAGAGAUUGAAGGUAGAGGCUGGACCCACUGGGUGGAUGGAGAUGAGCUUCAUUUGAAAGCGGGACACCCUGCACCUUCCCCCUGUUCACACUGUCUAAAGUCUACACGCUCAACCGUGCCGCCGGCUGCCACCAUGCCUGCAGACUUCAGUGGGAAAUGGAUACUGGAAACCAAUGAGAAAUUUGAGGAAUAUUUAAAAGCACUGAAUAUUGACUUUGCUACAAGAAAAAUUGCAAUCUCCCUGUCCCAGACCAAAGUGGUCGUCCAAGAUGGAGACAAGUUUAAUUUCAAAACACUGAGCACCUUCAGGAAUUAUGAGCUGGCCUUCACUGUGGGGGUGGAGUUUGAUGAGUGCACCAAGGGACUCGACAACAGAAACAUCAAGUGUCUGGUGACCUGGGAGGGGAACAAGCUGGUGUGCACCCAGAAGGGAGAGAAAGCCAACCGAGGAUGGAAACACUGGAUCGAAGGAGAUAAACUCUACCUGGAGCUGACAUGUGAAGAUGUUGUUUGUCAUCAGGUGUUUGGGAGAAAAGAAUGAAGGGCAAUUAUCUAUUUUUUUGUAAUCUACUUUGUCAACAUUGCUCCCCCAGUAACAUGUUUCCCAGAUGUGAAAACAGAAAAAAAUUGAAAUAAAGGAAGUUCAGUUAAA